CAGAUGAGCACCAAAUUGCAUGUCGAAAUGAAAACAAAUCAAAUACGAACUGCUGCCGCUUCUGCUGCCAAAAAUGCUGCCAGCAGCUACCGACUGACAAACGUACGACAGCUCAGCAGAGAGGAAGAACUGUCAACAAGGCUAAGUCAAAGACAGAGGCAAAGUCAGCCGACGUGUGAGCGCGAGCGCAAACACGAAGCGGCCAGAAAGGAGAGAGAAGCGAAAGCCCAACACAAAAGAGAUGCGCCAUUAAGGGGACCAACGUCGACGACGCCAACGCUGACUCCGACGCAGACGCAGACGCAAACUUCGAAAUCGACUACAGCAAGCACAGGGCCGUUACAAAAGUCAAGCAAAGAAAAAGAGAAACAGCUGCCAGCAGCAAAAGCUGGCAAGCAACCGAUAAAGCUUAACGCGCAAGCUGCCAAAGCAAAUAACGCCACCUCUUCAGUUGGGCCCGAAACCAACUAUGAGGAUACCACGCAGCUGCGACUGCAGUUAGAGCAUUUGGCGCAGCUGUCAGAGCCGGACUUUGAGCGACAGUUUCGCAAAUGGAUGUCAGAGGAGGGCAUUGAGAACCAAAUGCAUUCGCAACUCCGCGUGGAGUUAAUCAACAGAUUUAACAGCACCUCGCUGGGUAAGCUGCUGAACCGGGCAUCAGCGACCGCUGCACAGAUGGGCCGGCAAUCGAAUUGUUUGCUGCCAUCUCCAAUAAUGCUGGCACUGCACACGCUCGUCGCCGAAUUUCUCUACGAGCAGAAUUGUCAUUAUACGCUGUCCGUGUUCUGCAGCGAGAUGCCGCAUCACCAUACACUGCCAAAGUUUCAGGGUCGCACCGAGUUCCGGUUUAAUCGGGAGGAGCUGCAGCAGCUGCUUACCGCACUGAUGGGCAAGAAAGCAGCUGAACAAACAAGCAAGGGAGAGACGGUGCAGCAACUGUAUAGCGAACAGCCACAACAAUCCCUGCUGCUGAUCGUGCUUAAAGCCCUACUAGAAUUCGAUCCUCAGCCGAGGCAAAGCAAAACGGAGGCCGUACAAACGGAGCCAUUGGCGUGCUUGGAGAUCAGCAAGGAAAUGGGCACUAGUCAGCUGUAUGAGGCCGAUGAGCUGAUUGGUGCCGCCGAUGGACGCACUGUGUUCAUUGGACCACAUGCCUCACAGUUGCUUAACGACGUGGGUCAGCAGCUGUCCCAGUUAAUGCAACACAUCUGCAAUCUCAGCAAGUCCUGUGCGCCACCCAUCGAAAUCAUCUCGACAAAGGCGUUUGAACAGCUACUGCAACUGGAGCUGGUGGAGCGGCAGCGUCUCACACGUGCUGGACGAACGCUGGGGCCGGGACAGAUGGUAACUCAGCUGCCCGUUGUACCACGACAGCAUCAGGAGGUACCCGAGCAGGACAAGCUGGGUGGCACUCAUGUGCUCUCCUCGGUGGGCCCAAUUGAAUUGCCGGUGGGGUCUGCAUCAGUGCCAGAGUUGCCGCAUUUGCAUGCGGAGCAGGUGGCCACCUUGGCAAUAAUGCACCAAACCAUACAGAAAUUCAAGGAACAGAUGCAGCAGCCCUCGUCAUCUGUGCGUGUGACGCUGGAGCGCUGGCAGGCACUGAUGGGUGAGCUCACUGAUUGCGUCCAAGUGCUGAGCAAUGUGCUUAAUUUGUCCAUGGAGCAGGAGUGUCUUGUGGGCAGGCAUCAAGGUUACAAGCAAGGCUAUCGCGAAGGCUUCUCCCACGGACAUUUUAUGGGCGUGCAAGAAGGCAAGCUAUUAAUCCAGCCGAAAACACAACAGCUCCUGGACACCGCGAGCCAAACACAAGUGCCUCGCACAGUGGAAAAGGUUACCCAAACCACCGAAACUAAGGAGCCGAGUCGAAGGCAUGCAACCACUAACACAGAUUGCAGGCAGCAAUCCUCAAAUAAUGUCGCCAGUCAGACACAAGCAGCAGGUCCAGUAAAAUCGCGUAGCUACGUGCAAUGGAUCUAUGAGAUGCUGCAUAGCAAAAGUGGUCGCAUCUUCCUGGAUCGCGUCGAGCUGUCACUGAACAAAGCGCUAAUGCUGCAAAAGCAGCGACUUGAUGAGCUCUACAAGGUGAAGCUGCGUCACCAUGUCGAACUAAUCUACCUCAGUAUCCGGCAGAGCUCCUGGCGCACGCUGUGCAAGCAUGUGGAGAGCGACUCGCAUUCGCCGGAAAUGAGUGAACUGGUACAGAAGAUUUUUCAUCUGCUGGAGCACUAUGAGGCACAUCAUCAGCUGUUGGCGGAGAAGAUUCAACAAACCGAAAUUGCCGCCCAGCAGGCUGUGCGUAUUCAGCCAGUGUGGACAGAAACGGAGCUCAAACCUUGUACAACAUCAAAAUCCAAAUCGAGUUUGAAUUCGCCGAAGGCGCCUUUACUGCAGCAACCACCGCUCCCACUCGCAUUAGAUCCUUACAAGGUGCAGGAUUCGGCUGGCGCUGCUCCUCUCAUUGCUUCUACCCCUGCUCCUGCCACUGCUCCAGUCAAUGCUCCUUCUACUGCUCCUGUUACUGCCCCGGUUUCUGUCAUUGCUCCAGUAACUGCUCCAGUCACUGCUCCAGUAACUGAUCCAGUCACCGCUUCAAUCACUCUGCCAGUCACGGCGCUAGUCACUGCUCCAGUCACUGCUCCAGUCACUGCUCCAGUCACUGCUCCAGUAACUGAUCCAGUCACCGCUUCAAUCACUCUGCCAGUCACUGCGCUAGUCACUGCUCCAGUCACUGCUCCAGUCACUGCUCCAGUCACUGCUUCAGUCACUGCUCCAGUCACUGCUUCAGUCACUGCUCCAGUCACUGCUCCAGUCACGGCGCUAGUCACUGGUCCAGUCACUGCUCCAGUCACUGCUCCAGUAACUGAUCCAGUCACCGCUUCAAUCACUCUGCCAGUCACUGCGCUAGUCACUGCUCCAGUCACUGCUCCAGUCACUGCUCCAGUCACUGCUUCAGUCACUGCUCCAGUCACUGCUUCAGUCACUGCUCCAGUCACUGAUACAGUCACUGCCACAGUCACUGCUCCAGUCCCUGCUCCUGCUUCUGCCACUGUUCCUGCCACUGCCGCUGCUCUUGCAACUGUCGCUGCUCCUGCCACUGCUCCUGCAACUGCAGUUGAGUCGCGCAAGUCACAACUGCACCACUUGGCUUCCAAUACCAAAGCUAGUCACAAAGCACACAUCUUGGCAGGUGUUCGCUCACCGGCCCACGUGCCCAGCUUCAAUGAAGCACUGCUUAGCGCCAAGAACCGCAUGCAACAGCUGGAACAGGAGAGCGAUCUGCUGGAGCAGAGCUUUCUGGGUUAUCUGGAUCAUGCGCGUGCCCACACAGAGAAGAUCAACACGCGCACCAGCUGUACCCACGAACAGCAGCACAUUCAUCGCACACUGGACAGCUGCCAGGAAUGGCAGCGACGGAUGACGAGGCACGAGGAUGUCCAACAGCCAGUACAAAUGCUUUUGCCAACAGUGGCCUCACCUGUAUACAGUGCUUCCGAGCUGGAUUCUGAGAGAUAUCAAUUCACCAAUGCCAUUGCCGUUGCACGGCGCCAACUCUUUGCUGAGCUGCAGGCGACAUUAUCAGAGUCCCCAACAGCGGCACAGCAGCUGGAGCUGGAGCUGGAGCUGCCAAAUAAGAUGCUCGUCGGCCAGGUGCAGGAUGAGGCGCAGCAGCUCCUAAGUCGUGUGGAAGCCACAUUGGCUCGCGUCGGCAAGCACCCUAGUCUUCAGCUGCUCACUGCAGAAUCCCAACUGCCACUGUUCGACGCUGAGCUGGAUUUGCUCAGCAGUGAUACGGUUACAUCCCUUGCAGACACAAUUUCGAUGAGCGGCGACGUCGUCUUAGGCGACGAUAGGCCGCUAACGCCGCCUGCCAGUCGCAAACUGCAGCGUUCCAUGGCCAAAAUGCAGCAGCUCUUUGCUAGCCAAGCAGGAGCACAAGCCAAGUACUACAACAAGCUCGUUACAGAGCCGGCAACGCGCCCUUGGAGCGCACCAACAGUUAAACUGAAUACCACCUGCUCAACCAGUGCGCUGUGCCAGCGACCACAUACGGCGCCCAGCAAUCGAACUGAUGCAACUCCCACUACUGCUCAGCUGAAGGCGCUAUGCGGUAUCGGAGACACCCCACCAACGGGCAAUUCAAGCAGCCUGGACACCCGACCCACUGUUCUGCGUGAAGUGUACGCUCAGCUGGUGGACAAUGCCUCAACCACAUCGCUGGCAUCGUCGGGUUCGACAUUGUCGCACAGUCUGGAGUUCUGGAGACGCAUGAACCUGUGAUGGUCACCCUGACAACUGACGAUUGCUUUACCGGUCGCGCUCGCCGAUAGGUACACAUGUCUAAUCUGUCAAUAGGGAUUACAUCAAACUCGUGAAUACAUCAAGCAUUUAAAUAGAAUUUAUUAAGGAUUAGUAGAUUUUUUCAAAUCAGAACUUAUUCAAUCAGUAUUAUCCAUUAAGGCCUAAUCUAUGUACAUACAUAUGUAUACUAAAUAAUCCGGAAUACAGCAGUAACUUAGAAACAGUGAAAUCGUUAGAACUAGGUUAGAUCUACUAAGGUCUGCAUAGCGGAGUAAGCCUUGUCAUUUCAAAAACCGAUUAUUUGUUGCUAUCAGACAUCGAAACCGAUAGACACUCACUGGCGGACAGCUGGCUUCGAUUAACGUUGAUCCAGAAUAUGUGUAUAU